AGCUUUCUGGAGGAUUGACGAAUGCACAAAACACUCUUGAAAUCUUCAUUCAGAAGCAGAAGCGAUAAAAAUCAGCCUUCUAAAUUCAUACACUUUGGGACAAGCCCACCUGCAUAUUAUAUCCACUUAGAUAGCUGCUCGAAAACUGCUAUACAAUGCAAACAGCUGACAGGCCUUUCAUUUCACAACUUUUGCCUACGAACUAUAAACGAAAAGGGCCCCCAUAACAGCGUAAUUAGAUAUCAUGCAUUUAAGAUUUACAAAUUUGAAAUAUCAAAUUCCUUCGUGAAACUUUUUUGAAUAAAUGAAACCAACUCAGCGGCGGAUCUAACGAUAGCCGGACUAGACGGUCGCCUGCGGCCCCGGCGAUUUAGGGACCCUGAAGAGCUCUAGUUUGUAGUAAACAAGAUGUAUAAAAUAGGACAAAGUAUUAGCGGCAAGGGCUCCAGAAAGAUGGUCUUUGGGACCCCAUGGCAGGAGAAUCAUUUGCACCCCCCCCCGCCGGCAAUUUAAGUAUACUGUUCAAAUUCUCAACAGCAAACUUAGUGUCUGUACCCCCUCCCCCCGAUCACCAGUUACCAUUUACAAGGGUCUCAACUCGUCUUACCGCCUAGGGCCCCCGAUACUCUUUAUCCGCUACUGAACAAACUUAUACAUCGAUCAUAUUUCAAUACUUACUAAUGAAACCUUCACUGCUUGUUUCAAUAUCUGAGAAUAUCCAGCAUUUUGAGAAGGCAAUCGGCCUCAGCACAAUUUUUCGAUCGAAAAAAUUCGAUAGGCGCUCACGUAAAACUGACAGUAUAACUGUUUCUUUUAUAUUCCUGCAUGAAGUCCAUUCCAAUCGAGUUCAGUAUUUAGUGUAGGCAAACCAUUUUUUAAAAUAUGUAAUAAAUGAUUUUUUAUCACCCAAAAUAUUGAAAAAGAACCAGAACAAUUACCAACUUGCUUUUACAUAACGUUUUUCAAAACUAUUAACCUUGAUUUAUGGCAUUUUUCUGAUAUUCGAAAAUUUCCGCAGCUCAAUGAGUUGCGGAUUUUUCGCCGUACAAAGCGGAACGAUCGAAUUUUUGUAGCAUAGUUCAUUUUUCUCGUGAGUGUCAUGGUAUACCAGUUUUAAAAAAGACCAGUAAAAUGAACACCUUGGCGGCGAAAUGAGUGUCAAAUGACACCAAAAUGACAGCCGGAUCGAUCGAAUUUUUUCGAUCGAAAAAUUAUGCUGAGGCCGAAUAUAAACUUAGAAUACGUAAAAAUAGACCUUUUACAAACACUACUGAUAUGAAGCAUUCCCGAGUUAUAAUAUCAUUCUAUAUAUGUAAGAAUGCAAGAACACAAAUCGAAGAUAUGUUUGAUGAUUAAUUACCACUGCACUUUUGUAUACAUAGAGUAAAAAUAGUAACUAUAUCUUGACUAUUUAUUUGAAUAUUAAAAAUUGAAAAGAGCAUCUUAGUUGAUUUCCCUAGGUAGAUGAUCAACUGUUUUGCCAUAAAUAGCCUAUACCAACCAUCUCAAAGGGCUUGUACACCAAAUGUAUAAUGUUAAUAGAGUAUCUUUUUUAUAUAAAUGUUAGUUUUACUUUGUCCGGUUCUUCGUACUUCCAGUCAAUCGUUCAGAUGGGACAUUUACUUCAACCGGACGAUACGUCCGAAAUUGAGCUAUUUGAACCGAUGAAUCUUAUCUACACUGGUUCAACAACAACGGGCAAAACGUCCAAAAUGGGUAGACGAACAGAAGAUAAUCCAACUAUCGUUAGUAACACCGAACUCGGUUUCAACAAUGGUCAAAGCACUUUUCGUUCAAGAAAAACAAAAAAAACUAUAAACCCAAAGCAUAAAACACGAGAUUCGGAUUGCUGCAGCGUCAACUUUAUCAAAUAUUCCUUGCACAUAUUCAACACCAUAUUUCUGAUAUCAGGAUCAAUUAUUAUAGGUGUUACUCUUUGGACAAUAAUCUGGAAGCAUCAGUAUAUUUCACUACUAUCCACUACCAACUACGUAACCGGAACGUAUGCUCUAUUAACAGCAGGCUUAUUCGCCGUUUUUGGCGGUAUUCUAGGAUGCUGUGGUGUAUGGCGUGAACAUCGUGGAGUUCUGCUAUUGUACACUUUUGUUUUGCUGAUUGUAUUUCUAUUGGAGAUUAUAGUAGGCAGCUUAGCCUAUAUAUAUGAAACGCAAAUUGAGACAGAGCUCCAACACACACUUAAUGCUACUUUCAUGGAACACUACGCUGUAAGUGAACAACAAACAAAGGCUAUUGACAGUAUGCAGCAAGAGUUUUCCUGCUGUGGCGCUGUACGAUUUGAAGACUGGCGACAUAGUGUAUGGCUGCGGUCACGACGCAAAAAUCUGAUAAAACCAACUGAAGGGCGCUUGGUACCAGAUUCGUGCUGCAUAACCGUGGUUUCCAACUGUGGUUUACGUGAUGGUCCCAGUAAUAUACACUAUACGGGUUGCAUAUACGGGAUGAUGGAUGACCUUAAAUAUCACCUGAUAAUUCUCGGUGCCAUCGGGCUUGGAUUGAGCGCAAUACAAGUGUUUGGUAUGGUGUUAUCCUGUUGCUUGUAUGUGAAACUUAAAGAUGUGCUAGACUGACAAAAGCCACCGGAUCCAAUAAUUGAACUUAUGGAUCCUCUCCCAGACAACAUCAGCCUUAUUUAUGGAUAUUAGGACCCACACGUGUAAUGAACUAAUCAUACCAUGUAUCAUAUUAUCUGUUGAAUGUUUACAUUAUUAGAUGUAAAUAUUAUUCUAAAUUGCAAUAAACAUUAUUUCUCUUUUGCAGAAAAUGAAAAACAUAUAUAUUUUUUUAAAGCAGCUGUUAUUUGAAAUAAAGUUCAUUUGAUUCAAUAUGUUGCAUUCUAUUAUGCAUCCAAUCUGUAAACUGUAUUUAACACUAGGUUUACGGGCGUCUCUUAUAUACCUAUCUCUACGGACAUCCGUCAUUUUGACGAGUGGAUAAGAAUACUUAUUUAGAUUGGUUAACACUAGGUUUACGGAACCCGUCAAUUUGACGGAAUUUAAACUUUGAAGUGAAAUACAAAAAAUAACUUUUGUUUAAUCUUGAUUUUUACUUUUCGUAAAUUUAUUAUAACAUAUUAUGAGUUUGUAGCAUAAGUUUUAUUUUCAUAACUUUCAUAGAUUUUCAGAUACAAAUGUGAUAUACCUAUCUCUACGGAACCCGUUCAAUUGACGGAUGGCUUGGUAACAUUUAGUUUAUUUAAAUAAGCUGUAACAUUUUUCAUUAAAAGUAAACUAAGGAAUGAAAGAAAGCUACAAAACACUUGUUUUUAUUAAAAAAUCGGAAGUUUAAAAAUCUUGAUAAAUGACUUAAAUAAAGUGGCCUCAAACGGAAGUACUGAUCAACUUACUCCUCGUGUUUUUCGAAGCUCCCGCCGACAUCGGUCAAAAUGUGACAUCGAAAAGAUAUCGAGUCGAUUCGGUUAAACAAUAACGACUAUUACAAUAAAUUAGCAUUGCGCAGAUUUUUUUUCAUGGAAACCAAAACAUGUUAAACGAUUCAUUAUUUUAAUAAAAUAGGGGUUUCAUGAUUUAAACCACUCGGAAUACGCAUUUUUAUCCACACGUCAAAUUGACGGGUGUCCGUAGAGAUAAGUAUAUAAAAGACGCCCGUAAACCUAGUGUAAACACGAAGAAUAAGUUGAUCAGCAAUUCCGUUUGAGGCCACUGUAUUUAAAUCAUUUAUCAAGAUGUUUUGUAUGUUGAAAAAUGUUACAACUUAACUAAGGUAAUCAACCCACCCACAUUGUCACUGAAAGCCAAGGCCUUGACCGACAACGGUUGUUGUGCCAAAGAUGAAGAAGAAGUACUUUUUUAAAAUUAGACCAUGCACUAGUAUUGCAUUGGAACGUAAGGCCUAUGCUGAGAGUCUUAAUUUAUGAAGGUUAGUGAAGUUAAACCUGUUGCGGAAUAGUUCUGUAUGACCCAGGAUGCUGAACUUUAAAGCCAUAUCGCUAUAUAACCUCGCAAGAGAAGAAUAGAAAAAAUAUUGUAAAGCAACAAUACGAAUACUAUAACAAACAGUAGUUGCGCCAAAGAAGAAGAAUAAGUUUCAUAUAUACCAAUUAAAAGUGAGCUGGAUGAGGAUAAACCAUAUGAAAAGAAAUAUACAUUUAUAAAUAUUA